UUUCUCUCUCUCUUUAUAACUGUUGGAAUGACGAAUAUACCCUUAAGGGUUGGUUAGAUUUAUCAAAUGAUGACAAAUGUCGGUAUUACCCUUGUGAGUCAUGGUAUCUAAGGCUUAUAGGUAGAGGUUGUUGUCGUCUUAUUGCUAAUCUGUUUGCUUUUUACUUCUUGGCCAGCUGGCUUUAACUUGAGAACUCAUCUCUUUAACUCGUGUAAAUGUCGAAUAUGUCCCUGUAGGUUUUGACGCGUUUACUGUUGUUUGUUUCGAGAUGCUUGAGGGUAUAAUGGUAAUUCGUUCAGUAUCGGAUCGAGAUCAAUAGCCGUACUGCAAAAAUGGAACAGAUUGCUAUUGGGCUAUAACAGUACGGCCCAAUAAGAAAUAUUCGGCCUUUUAAGCGAGUGAAUCUACUGGGGGAACUUGAGUCGGCUCUUGAAGCAUUUUUUGUUGUGUGUCGAAUUUCGAAUUUUCUCGGGAAAAUUGGCGAGAAAAUUGGGAACGAGAGAUAAGUGCGAGUAGAUUCACGACUGUCGACUCUUGUGAUCUGAAGUAUUUGGCGUUUAUUUGGAAGAAUCAUUGCUUCUUUGGUUGAGGAUCUUCGUGUGUCGCUGGGAUUUUGUGUUCUAGGGUUUUUGAAGCAAGCUUUAGCGUAAGGAAAAUCUUGAGAAUGAAAGGUGAAAGAGAAGUUAAGAAUGGUGUUUCUGAGGACGAGAGAGAGGUGAAGAGGAAGAGAGUGAUGGAACGGUCUGAUUCACCACCUCCACCACUCGGUUUCAACAAUCCUCUUUUGCCGUUGGCUAAUGCUUACGAUGAUGAUGAUGAGGAAGAUGAUAACGAGCAGAAGAAAUCGCAAACUCGUGGUAAUGGAAUUGCGAAAGGUGAGGGAAAUGGUAACAAAGUGAGAGGAGAAGUGGUCGACGACGAAGAUGAUGAUGAUGAUGAUGAUGAAGCUUCGAAGGGGAGGGGAAAGCAUUCACGCCAUGUUGAAGUUCGUCGUGAUUGUCCUUAUCUUGAUACCGUUAAUCGUCAGGUGUUGGAUUUUGAUUUUGAGAGGUUUUGCUCUGUCUCCUUGUCAAAUCUGAAUGUGUAUGCGUGUCUUGUUUGUGGGAAGUACUUCCAAGGAAGAAGCCAGAAGUCUCAUGCUUAUACACAUAGCUUGGAAGCAGGACACCACGUUUACAUCAAUCUUCUGACAGAGAAGGUUUAUUGUCUUCCUGAUAGUUACGAGAUCAAUGACCCUUCUUUGGAUGACAUUCGACAUGUUUUAAACCCAAGGUUUAGUAGAGCACAAGUAGAGGAGCUUGACAAGAAUAGGCAGUGGUCUAGGGCUCUUGAUGGCUCUGACUAUCUUCCGGGAAUGGUGGGGCUGAACAACAUACAAAAGACAGAGUUUGUGAAUGUUACAAUCCAGUCGUUGAUGAGAGUUACUCCUUUAAGGAAUUUUUUCCUCAUUCCUGAGAAUUAUCAGCAUUGCAAGUCCCCUCUUGUUCACCGCUUUGGGGAACUAACUCGCAAGAUUUGGCAUGCUCGAAACUUUAAAGGACAGGUAAGUCCACAUGAAUUCUUGCAAGCUGUCAUGAAAGCCAGCAAGAAACGCUUUAGGAUAGGCCAACAGUCAGAUCCAGUAGAGUUUAUGUCGUGGCUCCUCAACACUUUGCACAUGGAUCUUAAAACUUCAAAGGACGCCAGCAGUAUCAUCCACAAGUGCUUCCAGGGGGAGCUGGAGGUUGUGAGAGAGUAUCAAGGCAAUGAAAACAAAGAAAUCUCCAGGAUGCCUUUUCUGAUGCUCGGGCUAGAUUUGCCACCGCCUCCUCUUUUCAAAGAUGUCAUGGAGAAAAACAUAAUUCCGCAGGUUGCUCUAUUCGAUUUGUUGAAGAAGUUUGAUGGAGAAACUGUGACAGAGGUGGUUCGCCCUAAGCUGGCCAGAAUGAGAUAUCGUAUAACAAAAUCUCCUCCUUACUUGAUGUUCCAUAUGGUUCGGUUCAAGAAGAAUAACUUCUUCAAAGAGAAGAACCCUACCUUGGUUAACUUCCCAGUGAAGGACAUGGAGCUGAGGGAUUACAUACCAUCAUUGCCUAGAGCACCAGAAGGCGAGAAGGUGUGUUCGAAGUAUAAUCUAAUCGCGAACAUUGUACAUGAUGGUAAGCCGGAGGACGGGUACUUCAGAGUCUUUGUGCAGCGCAAGUCACAAGAACUAUGGUACGAGAUGCAGGAUCUUCAUGUUGCAGAGACACUUCCCCAGAUGGUGGAACUAUCAGAAGCAUACAUGCAGAUUUAUGAGCAGCAGGAUGAAUAAAGAGCACUGGAAACAUACUGACUUGAUCUGGUUUAAGAGUAAAAGUUACCAGUUUUUUCUUGAAAUUGAGGAGGAAUGAGAUUAGAGAUUUGUUUCACAACUCUUUUUGGGGAAAAAAGAUUCUUGAACCUCUUUAAGGAUAGAGAGAGCAUGUUGUUGCUAUGGAUAAAAAGACGCAUAUAUGAGUUUUGGGAAGAGCUUUAUGCAUUGCGAAGAAAGUAAAAAAAAACACAUGACUUUUGAGUUUCA